AUGAGAAGACUCCAUCGAAAACUGCCGCUCUUCCUCUUGCUCCUCAUCAUAAACGGUAAGUUCUCCUCAACAUUAUUCAGUUUUAUCUUCCCUUUGUAAAAUUGUUACAACCUUUUUCGUCUUCCCCCUCAAUCUCUUCUCUUUCAAAUCUGCUGAUUUAUCCCCUUGAUUGAUAACUGAUUGGGAUCAGAAGUCGUUCGUUUUCAAAUACGACUACACUUCGGAUAGGUGCCAAGGACCCGAAAAGAUUCAAAAGGAAAGGGACCAGUUCAAGUUUGCCGACGCAUUGUGUUCCCUCGCUUCUCAGUUGAUUUAUAGCCCGUCGAGUACGGUAUCAAAGACCAUGCAGUGAAACUUUUGAGACUAGACUUUCCAGUUUCCUUCUCAGUAGUUUCCGGCUCAUUUCCCCUGGCCACUUCCCAUAUCCGACGUCUUCUUCAGCUUCUUCUUCUUCUUCUUUCGCUCACUUUUUCCCUCCUAAUGUUUACAAGCGCUAAUCCAUUGAACCUCUCUCUCUCUCUCUUUUGCCGCAUUCGGGGGUCUACCAGUUUGCCUCUUUGUUCGGUUCGCUUCGGUACUGCCGUCCGUCAGUUCUUGCGCCCCUCUUCACCUUCACCGUCAUCAUCGUCGUCGUCGUUGUCGGAAUCCCGAUCGAUUCGGAAGCUUCGCCCGCCAAUCCACAGCUGGCAUGAGAUGGAUUUGGCAUAUAAAGGCUGGGAAUCGACGGGCGUUGCGCAAUAAUAUCGUCGUUUUUUGCGGUUGCGACGCCCCAGAGUGAAGAGAGAGGAAGAGGGAGAGAAAGGAGGAUCAGAGGAGGCAGAUAAGCUUGAAUCGGUGCGAAGAAACAGCCCGCGGGCCCAAAUCCAUGCCAUCACGCCUCCGAGGAAAAGAAACGUUUUGAUAACGGUCUGUCUCUGUAGUGGCCAUCUGCGGGAGAGGGGGAGAAGAAGUCGUUGUUCGCAUAGUUAAAUGGCCAAUCAUCGUUCCCACUUCGCCCCUGGAGACCACGCCGAAGAAUCUAGAAGGAGAAUGAGACGGGUUGAGAAGCAUCUUCCGGAGCAGAUAAACUAUUCGAAUAUACAGAUCGUGUCAUUGUUGUCCACUCGGUGUCUCUCUCCACUUUUUGCCCGUUCAUCGCACCGUCCAUCUGCCAUCGGCGGGCGCCUGUUCCUAUCUAUUUCUGCCAAUGUUCUCGUCAAAAAUCGAAAAAGAAACAGUUGUUUUGGUCACUUUCUCGAACACUCGGUCACCGUGUCUGUCCUUUCUAAUUCGAUCAACUCGUUAGAUAAGUAUUGUUUGUGAACUGCCCUCCUCGUUCCGAUUAUUCGCUUCGACGCCAGGAAGCCUCUCCUGAGGGGGUCAUUUAAGAGUGUGGAUGGCUAUCCAUUCCGACACGUACUAACAUAAUAAUGGCCUUCGUUUCCUCAUAGUGCCGCCAAAAGAAACGCAGAAAAAAGUGAGACAAUUAUUCGUGAAGAAGGAGGUUUUUAUAUGAAGGAGAAAGUGCCGAAAUUAUGGUUAGGACGGGCAAACCGUCGACAGUAUUGUUAUGGUCUUCUUCUUUUUCGGUCUUCUUCUUUGCCCCCUUUGGAGAAGGUUACGGAAACUGAAAGAGAAACUGAAAAAGAGAAAAAAGAGAUGAGAAAGAAAGAAGGAGAGCGAAAGAAUGUACUUGUCGGAACACGACAAUGCCCGGGUUGUAACGAGAUGAAAAUGAUGAACCAUAGUAAAGAGGAAGUUGCAAAAAGUUGACUACGAACUGAAACCUACACGGCAUCUUCUUCUUCUUCUUCUUCUCCUUGAAUCUAUUUAAGCCUAGAAACCAAAAAAGUUGCACAAUUCUCGACCACUUGACCAACAAUCAUCGGAUUUGCAGACUUCAGAAUAGACGCGCAGACGCUUAGUCCUCCGAUUACGGACCGUUUCAAGUGCCUGACGAAUGGAUGUUGCGAUCAUCACGAGUGGUGUCGAUUUUGGGCUUCAAUCGGGGAAUGUAAUGUGAGUUUUUGUUAGAGCAAACACUUCCUCAUUCAUUCGAAAAUCAAAAAUCGCUGUGGUUUUCCGUUAAACGACUCGAUUGUCCUGUCCAACUUCCGAAUUGGUUUAAUUUUGAUUUGAUAUCCCAUCCGACCUAAGAUCAUGUCCAAAAUCUCAGGCGAACAAGGACUGGAUGACCGAAAACUGUCAACUGGCUUGCGGGACAUGCACCGCUCCGCCGGCACCGCUUCUCCCGAUCACAACAACUGGUAAGUGAUCUCAGGUGACCCUCACCUCCUUUGUUAUCAUUUCCUUUAUGAUCACACAAAGUUAGCCUCCCCUCAAUUGACCGUGAAAUGUCGAUGAUGUCUGUGUGUUGGCACGCUCCCCCGUUUGCCUUUGACCUACUAAUUUCGGUUGAUUAGGGGGGAGCGAGAUGAAACGAAAAUUGUUGGUAUUAGGCGCUGACGGUCGCGGCAGUGUAAUCAAACUGGCUACCAGCUACCAAUCCUAUUAGAGCGUUUUCACGUGGCAACUAUAAUCAUACGCUAGAAUGACUCCCCUGGAACACGAAACCCCGACAGUUUACAACUUUAAACUGAACAGUCGAGGAGGAGUGAAAACGAAGAAAACGGGACGAAUUUUGCAGUGUUUCAAACAGUUAUUCAAACAAAAAACCCGCUGCGGGUCGGAUCAGAUCACUUUUACAACUACAACACUCUCUUUUCAUUUACAAACGGUUUGCAGCCUCUUCCACACAGGGAUUCAAUGGCGGAUUCGUGCAGACGACUACCGUAUCCUCGGGUCCCACCACGACAGUCAUCAUUCCGCCGUCUGACCUGACACCGGUCAACUCGUGCGAUCGCGUCAAAGACAGCAUUGCUCAGGCUUCAGAGGUGAGAGUUUUGAACGAUUAUACUUAUUCCAACCAUGCCCUCUUUCAGCUUAUGUCGAUUUCCCGACUGAUCAAUCCGGUGGAAGACAACUUCGGAAGGAACAUGCUCUCCAUCGACGACAUCACCAGAAGCGUCCCGACUGGAUGUGUUCCCCAGCUUUCCGAUGUCGGCGUCGACUGCCACAAGAGUCUCUGCUACCAUCUCAUGUACCGUACUCUCGACGGAACCUGCAAUAACCUGGAGAAGCCGAUGCACGGAGCCGCUUUCCGUCCGUUCAACCGUCACUUCGCUGCGCAGUACGACGACGGUCGCGGCGAGCCCAUUUCUUCCCUGAACCAAUCCCGGCCGAGCGCCCGAGAAGCCAACCGAGUCAUGCUUUCCUCCGCUCAGUCCGUGGUCCAUGAUAAGGUCAGUUGCAUUCUUUUCUGAUUAGAUGAUUAGCUUUACACUUUUCAGUUCAACAACAUGAUGAUGCAAUGGGGUCAAUUCAUGUCGCAUGACAUGUCGAAGACCACCCUUCAGCCAUCGGCAACUGCAAGACGUGCGACCCGGUGCCGUCGAAGUGCAUGCCGAUUCCGAUCGGAGAGAAGAUCCGAACCUCGGAUUCAAAUCGAAGCAGUGCCUGAAAGUAUCCAGAUCCGCGCCUAUCUGUAGAGUGGAGCCACGAGAGCAACUCAAUGAGAACACCGCCUACAUUGACGGAUCCAUGAUUUACGGAAGCUCUUUGAAAGAUCUUCACAAGUUCAGAGACGGAAGAACUGGAUUCCUGAGAGUGACUCGAUUCAACAACCAGAAUGUGCUUCCUUUCGACCAGUCGAAGUGCGCCAACAAGGACAAGUGCACGGCUUCUUUCACUGCCGGCGACAUUCGUGCCAAUCUGUUCAUCGGACUCUCUUCGCUUCACAUUCUCUUCGCCAGAGAGCACAACAGAAUCGCGCAGAAGCUGAGCGAACUGAACCCGACGUGGAGUGGAGACAGAGUCUUCCAGGAGGCUCGUAAGAUCGUCGGAGCCCAGAUUCAGAACGUGCUCUACAAGGAAUAUCUUCCGAAGCUUCUCGGAGUUUCCUUCGACAAGGUCAUCGGGCCGUACAAGGGAUACGACACGAACGUGGAUGCCACCAUCGCCAACGAAUUCACCACUUCGGCGUUCCGUUUCGGUCACGGAAUGAUCGAAGAGUUCUACAAAAGAGUCGACCUCUCCGGCAACAACAUCACACAUGGCGGCUUCUUCUUCGGCGACGGCGUCUUCAAGUCUGGCAAGAUUCUCUUCGAGGGAGGCGUCGAUCCGAUCAUUCGUGGAUUUAUGACUACCGCCGUGAAACGACCGCAUCGCAUGACGCCGGCGAUCACGGAGAAAAUGUUUGGCAGGUGCGAAGAGGAGGAACAAUGCGCAUUCAUUCAUCUUACUUGUUCUCUUUUUUCAGCACCGACCUCGGAUCGUUGAACAUUCAGAGAGGAAGAGACCACGGAAUUCCGUCGUACAACAAAAUGAGGACGUUCUGCGGACUCAAGUUUGCCAACACUUUCGAUGAUUUCGCAGAUAUGAUUCUCGAUAAAAACUUGAGAUUGGGACUUGCCAGAAACUACAAUACUACGAGUGAGAGGGCGGAGAAUGGUUGGAACUGAAAGAACCGAUUUUAGAUGACGUCGACUUCUACGUGGGCUCGAUGCUCGAAGAUCCAGUGGUCGGAGGACUCGUCGGAACCACUUUGAGCUGUGUGAUCGGAGAGCAAUUCAAGAGGGCGAGAGACGGAGACAGGUAGGACAACAGAAUCCCUUCGAAUUCACAACAAUUCACUCGCUAAGAUUCUACUUUGAAAACCCGGGAAUCUUCACGAGACCGCAGGCGGAAGAGAUCAAGAAGUCGACGCUUUCGAGAAUAAUCUGCGACAACGCGGACAACUUCGAGCUCGUCUCGCAGGACGCCUUCCUGCUCCCCGGCUCCAAUUUGACGCCGUGCUCCAAGAUUCCCGAGAUGGAUUUGUCCAAGUGGCGGGCUCUCUAG